GCUUUUCUUUCUUUCACCCCAACAGGAUGGAGUCCAUAGGCGCGCGUGGUAUUUCUGUUUGAUCUUUCGAAAAAAAAAAAAAGAAAGAAAGAAAGAAAGAAAGGAAACCGUGGUCGCGCAACAGAGAAAAAGAAAGAAAGAAAGAAAGAAAGAAAGAAAGAAAUGGCGAACACGGCACAUCUCGUCCGCCGGCAAAGCUCGCGCGACUUAAAGCCCCAGAAAAGUGUGGACAAACUUGAAAUGAAGGAAAUGAGAGGUAGAUUAGUGGUGGACAAUAGAAAGACUAACACCACUGCCAAUUAUGGGGCCACGAACGCAGCCUUUGAGGACUCCAGUCCUAACAUGAAGAACAAAGCGGGGAACGAGGGUGGGGGUAGUAAGCUCGGGAGUAACGAGGGAAAAGCGAUUUUCCGGCCGGAAGCGGGCGAAGACGAAAGAGAAAAUUGGGACAGCAAGCUUACUUUUCUACUAGCAACAGUCGGAUACGCCGUAGGUCUUGGAAACGUGUGGAGAUUCCCGUAUCUCGCUCAAAAGAACGGCGGAGGAGCAUUUUUGAUCCCGUACUUCGUAAUGCUGGCCAUCGAGGGUAUCCCCAUAUUCUAUCUGGAAUUGGCGAUUGGCCAGAGAUUACGGAAGGGAGCUAUCGGUGUGUGGAAUCAGGUUUCUCCGUACAUGGGUGGUAUAGGUGUGAGCAGCGCUGUGGUAUCUUUCAACGUAGCUCUCUAUUACAACACUAUUAUCGCUUGGUGCCUAUUUUACUUCGUUCAAAGUUUUCAAUCGAAGCUACCGUGGGCCGAGUGCCCCAACGUGUACUUCCAAAACGGAUCGUACGCACCCGAAUCGGAGUGUGUGAUAAGCAGUCCCACGCAAUACUUCUGGUAUCGGACAACUUUGAUGAUAUCCGAGGACAUCAACACCCCAGAAAUAUUCAAUUGGAAGAUCGCUUUGGCUCUGGUGAUCGCUUGGAUCCUCGUCUACAUGUGCAUGAUCAAGGGAAUCGCUUCAUCAGGGAAGGUCGUGUACGUGACCGCCACAUUUCCAUACAUCGUUUUGAUCAUUUUCUUCUUUCGUGGCGUCACCCUGACAGGGAUGUCCGACGGCCUGCGUCACCUUUUCACCCCAAAGUGGUGGAAGUUAACCGACCCAGUGGUAUGGCUGGAAGCGGGCACGCAGAUAUUCUUUUCCCUUGGUUUGGCGUUUGGCGGUUUAAUAGCGUUCUCCUCUUACAAUCCUGUGAACAACAAUUGCUAUCGAGACGCAAUAAUGGUCAGUUUAACGAACUGUUUCACUUCCAUGUUUGCCGGGAUCGUUGUGUUUUCCAUUAUUGGCUUCAAAGCUACCAUGGUCUACGAGCACUGUUUAACCGAAAGGAAUGCAACCCUGUUCAAUAUAUUUGGCCAAUUGGAUAAAAUACCCGAUGAAAUACCAGCGAGUGGCACAAUUUUGAACGUAACCACGGGAAAUGGCACGUUGGACAGCUUGAUCAUGCCUGAAUUACCCGAGUGCGACCUCGAAAAAGAAUUGGACAACUCGGCAUCGGGGACUGGCCUGGCUUUCAUCAUAUUCACGGAAGCGAUCAAUCAAUUUCCCGGAGCUCAAUUCUGGUCCGUGUUAUUCUUCCUCAUGUUAUUCACCCUGGGAAUAGAUUCUCAAUUCGGCACACUGGAAGGGGUGGUCACAAGUAUCGUCGACAUGAAACUGUUCCCAAACUUGCGCAAAGAAAUUCUCACAGGUGGAAUUUGCUUGCUUUGCUGCGCGAUCUCGAUGGCCUUCGCCCACGGUGCUGGAAGCUACGUCUUCGUGCUGUUCGACAAUUUCAGUGGAAACUUUCCCCUGUUGAUCAUCGCGUUCUUCGAAUGCAUCGCGGUUUCGUACGUGUACGGUUUGAAAAGAUUCGCGGAUGAUAUCGAACUGAUGACUGGCAACCGUCCAGGCCUUUAUUGGCUGAUAUGUUGGAAGUAUUUGAGCCCGAUGGCUAUGCUGAGCAUCUUAGUUGCCUCGAUCGUGGAGAUCAUCGUGGAUGGGAGUGGUUAUCCAGCUUGGGUUGCCAGCAAGGGUAUUACGGAGAAACACGAGUGGCCCGUUUGGGCCCUGGGCCUCAUCGGUAUCCUUAUCCUAGCCUCCGUUCUUUGGAUUCCCGCCGUUGCAAUUUGCAGACUUUUCGGGAUACUGAUAAUCGAGGAUAACGAGAAAGCGUGGUUCCCGGCUGCCGAUCUGAAAGAAUUUCACGGUAUAGUGCCCCACGAGGUGACAUCGGCGGAAACGUUGCUGUUCUGCAUAAGGAGCGACGGUUCAGAGGGACUGUGUUGCCCGACCGGCGGUCCCAGCGACGACGACGAGGAUCUCACCUAGGAAUGGUUAUCCUCUCACGCGUUCGAUUAACGUGCGUUCAAACGGUUCGACGGGCCGAGGAACAGCACUUUUUUACCUCGUAUCUAUCGUUGGCGUGGAUCGUUGCCAGAUCUCGCAUCUGUCGUUCUUCGUUUCAAUUUGAGCGCCGCACCUGACGUACUCUUUAUUUUCAGAGAGCAUGUAUAUCUUAGAAGGGUACAUCGUGUCAAUUACUCGAAAAUACCACGUAUCGUAUAAUUCGAUCUACGCGUAUGUUUGUGACGACGACGAGGUUCGUUUAAGGGAAAAGAAGAACAGAACGCAGUUUUGAAUGGAAUCACGAAGAGAGGUAAUUAUUUAUUUCAUCUUUUCUUUCAGAAAAGUGAUCUCCCUCUCUCUCUCUCUCUCUCUCUUUCUCUGUCUGCUGUUCUCUCGAGUCUUUGAAUCAUUUAACGAUACACGCGAAUGUCAAUAUCGAUUGGGAGGCGAGGAAACGGAAGCGUUUUCGACGAGUAAUGUAAUGUUUUUGCGAGAAAAAUGAAUACGAUAUAAGCGGAUAUAAGUAAAAAAAGAAGAAAGAAAAAAAGAAAAAAGAAUAAGGAAAUAAAUAAGAAACUGCAAGUUUUUACUUUUAAACUUACAGUUGCUUGUGCUUGCAGUUUCUUUGCGAAGAUAUACGAUGCAUCCCGUUUAUCGAGAUAUAUUUUAUCGUUAUUCCUAUUCGUUUUUAUGAAGUUAUUUUGCGUGAAAAAGCAAAUUUCGAAAUUUUAUCUUUUAUACAUUGUGAUAUAACGUUAGAAAGGAAUUUAAAUUUAAGAAAGAGGAAGAAAUACGAAGAAGAGAGAAUGCAAGAUAGUAUGCAAGAAGGGGGAAAUUAUAUAUGAUAUAUCAAAAAUUACGAUUCUCGUAUGAUUUAAUAAGAGAGAUGUAUCGUGUAUUUCAAAGACUAUAUAGCAUAUAACGCGUCAUUUUAGCACUUAACGGACCUUACAUUCUUAAAAGACAAGUUGAAACCCUGCAACGACAGAUUUGCAGAUGAUCAUGAUAAAAUAGGAUAACUAAUAAGUUAAAGUUUAGACUCGAAAUAAAACUUUUACCGCUUAGCAAAAAUUGCAAAUAACGUGAGAAACCUAAGAUUAGAUGUAGGAGCCGUCCAAUGGCCGUAAAGGAAAAAAAAGAAAAAAAAAAAAAAAAAAGAGAAAAAAAAGAACAAAAAAAAAAAAAAUGGGGACGAUCCCGAAUUUUAUUCCAUUUUUUUAUCUUCUACUUCAUCAUUAUUUUUUUUCCUUUCUUUUUUUUUUUAUUAUUAUUAUUAUUAUUAUUACUUUAGAACACUUUAGAUUGAUUCUCCAUUGUGCUCUUAUCGUCGCGAAAUUAUAAUAUUAUACAAAGAUCUAAUUAAAAUCCGAUCGAUUGUUUGAACGUAAAGUUUUAAGAACGUAUUCAAAAAAAAAAAAAAAAAAAAUCAGAAAAAAAAGAGAGAAAAAGGAGCAAAUCCGAUCAAGAAUCAUAUCAAUCAGAUCUCGUUUCGCAAAACGAUGUGAUCAAGUGUGAUGAAUUCGAAUAGUUGAAUUAGCCCCAUCCCUAGCUCUCUUAUUAUUAAAUCGAAUAUCAAUUAUUACUUUAGCUAUACAUAUACAUACAUAUACAUAUCUCACGUGUCGAAUUUAUAGAAUUUCUUUCUAAAUCGAGAGAGGGAAUAAAAAGUAAGGGCGAGAAGAGGAGGUGAUGAUAAAACAAUUCGAUGGUUGAACGAAGCUAAAGUAUCGAUAUCGAGGGAAGAGGUAAAAAAAAAGAAGAAAAAAAAAAAAAAAAAAUUACGAACGUGUUCGACGUUGCAUAAACGUUGUUAUAACAGACAAUAAGAAAUUUUUUUUUUUUUUCCUAAGACUCGGUCGGGAGUCGUGUACGACAAUAAUAAUGAGAUUCGACGACGAAAUCGAAAAUUAAUAUUAAUCGAGACGAUUAAAUAAUUCGACAAUAAGUAUAAAACGUACUGCACUAUUACACAUUCUUGCACAUUAUUCACCGAGGCCUACGAAAAAAAUCGAGGAGGAGGAUGUUGCUUCGAUCGAAGGAAUAGAGAAUAAUUUUUUUUCCCUCAUUUCUAAUCCGUUUUCUUGAAUCGUCGAUAUUUUUUUAUAUCGUUCUUCCAUUCUUCCUCUUUGUGUUUCUUUUUUUUUUUUUUUUUUUUAAUAAUCGUAUUUUACACCACAUCGCGAAAAGAGAAUUUUUUAGA